CUAUCUAAUUCUCUUUGGCCCAAUCGUCCGCUUGUGUUAAUCGAUCAUUUCGGGAGUCGGUGCCGCGGAAUCGUUCAGAAAUAUUCGCGCGUCGGGGGGCUGUUUUGAACUAAUGAUCCGAGAGGAAAUAAAAAAAAAUACGUGAACCGAUUCGGAUCGCCGCACGCGCGCAUGCACGCAUAUUCCUGUUAUGCAUGAUGAUACGUUGUCGAAGGUGAAGGCGAGGAGAAGCAUGGUAGUUGCCAGGCGGCGAGACCAGUGCGCGCGCGGAUCUCCCCGCGCGUAAACCUUGUGCCUAGUUUCUCACGGCCACGGUGUGAGACGUGAGAGAUUCCUGGUGCAGUGAGAUGCAACGAUAUCGUCAACACCCAACGACGAUAUAACGAUAUAACAACGGUCCGCUGUUAUAUCGUUGUGAUCUGGCUCGAGGGAGGAACAAUCGGAGGGUGGUUCGCCGCUGCUGCGACGAGGAAAAACGAACAGGGUAAAAGAAUCUCACGGAGCGUCGAAGACACGUCGGAGCUAUGACGAGAUAACAGAUACAGAAUGAGGCGUAGCAGUAGCAGCGGUAACCUAUUCGGUUAUGCGGUUCUUACCUUCACCCUCACUCGCCUCAAGGUGCAUGCGGAAGGUGGAGUUGCCUGCAAAGAUCAGCAUGGGCAUUCUUACGAAAGUGGCUAUCAUUACAUUCCCGGACCUGAACCAUGCACCUUCUGCGUUUGUGAUAAUGGCAAUCCAAAGUGGUGCAAAGCAUUUAUUUGCAAGUUUCUUGAGGAAAAUUGUAAAUCUUUCCGGCGAGGUAACACCUGCUGCGAAUUUAUUUGCCUGGAUGAUAUGUCGGUAUCCAACGACAAAGCCGACGAAGCAGGGACAAACACGAUAGACGGGAAUGCAAAUUACGAUAUAGGUCUACGAUCGGUCGCUAGUUUCGUGACAGCGAUAUUUUCACUAAGUCUGCUAUUUUUUUUGAUACACCGCCUACGACAACGUAAGAUACAAGUUUGUGUGGCAGGUCGAGAAAACAGACAACUUGGAGAGGACCAAAGAAGCUUAGGUAAUAUGGGGUAUCUGGAAAGAAAUGGGUUACCUCAUGGUGUUCCCAUGGAUGACAUACCUUGUGGGACGGGUUACUCCUUGUGGAAACCACCCGGUAGUAAUUAUUUUCCACGCGGUGAGGCACCUCCACCCUAUGAGGAGGCAAUCGCGGCUGCGAGAGCGGAGCAGGCAUUGUUGUCAAUGAAUCCUCACACAUUGCUACCGAUGAACUUCUCUGACAAUUAUAUGCCGAAUACCAACAAUCAUGCGAGCGUGGCAGUCGUUGCAGAUGCGCAAAAUGAUUUGACCAUGAACACGCAGGCGUCCAACGAUAACAACAUACACACGCCUUUGAUGUCCUCAACGAGCAGACCGCUGUCUAGUCCUAGCGCAUAUACUAGCGGCGGUUAUCGACCGAUAAGCCAGAGCAGCGCAUCGUCCACCGUCGGUCUGAACACAAGCACCUCCACCACAAGUUUCACGAUGGGGACAAAUACGUACGAGAAUCUACCAGUUUCGUCAGUUGACAUGACGAGUUUCAACGACAACACGCAACCACUGCAUUCUGCAGUGACCAGUACCAGUACGCAUCCACUACUACCAAUAUCGCAUUCAACCAUACCUAAGAGCUAUCGUCAGCACACGACGAUGUUUCCACGGCAGAACGGCAGCGGUAACGGCGGUGACGGUAGUGAUGGUGGCGCAUUCACGAUAUCAGCGACCUUAUCGAACUCGGAUGUGUCUUCCCAUCGUACGAUUCCACGAACGUUGCCUUGCAUCACCAGCAGAGCGAAGGACGUUCUAAAUGAUUGCUCGACGAGAGAUUAUCUUCGUUUGUCGCCGAGUAAUAUCACAGGACCCCAGAGUCUGUCGCGUUCUGUGCAGUUGUCCACAGGUGUGGUCGCGGCCCCGAGCAGUUACAAGAGUACCAAGAACUCGAAUGCGUUUUACACGGACGCUCUUGUGGCAUCAGUGUCCAGUCUAGCGCAAUCGGAAAUGUAUACUGCGAACACGACAAAUGUAUCCAAGAAGACUUGCGACUACACGCCUUCAUUAAGUGUAGCCAACGAGAUCAACGCGAGCGGCAGCUUCGAUUCGGUAACGUGCACCUGCAGCAUGCAGGCAUUACCUACUCUCCACGAUGACACGGAUGAUUAUCGGAGUGAAUGCGAGAAUUGUAAGAGUGCGACAGGCUCUCGUUAUUACUUGGACAAUGAGGACGAGCUCGUUACGUCCCUUCAUGAAACUAUGACAUUGCACAGAAGACCAGACGAAGCAGCAUCAAAUGCCACACCACAAUAUUACAGAACUUCACUUACACUGCCGACGAGUACGCGUCAACGUACAAGUAUCUUUAUAUCUAGGAUCACUGGGGCUCGUGAAAAGUGGUUCAAUACCAUGCCAGAAAGUUCCAGCGGAUCUUCAGACGAAAAUUAAAUAUUAUGGGGAAAAAUAAAGAAAAAUGUUUGAGUGCGCAAAUAAAAUUAUUCAUGUACACAUAAAUACACACACAAAUAGGUAUGUUAUAUAACUACAAAAAAAAUUUUACCUAUACAGAGCGCCCCAGAAUUAUUAUUCUCUCUUUGGAUAAGAAUAUCAGCGCAUUGAUCAUUUUUGCGUCAUAUGUUGUGAUUCAAAGUUGAAAAAAGUCGGACUUGUUAUGUAACAUUGUAAUGCGAUGUAAGGACAGCUCUAUUAACGCAAAUUUCUUCAUUUCGUUUGACACGAUGGCAGCUUAAGUCUUCCAAAAGUCUCAGCUUCUUUACUCUUUCCAUGUAAUAUCGGAGAGAAACUGCCAGUUUUUGGGACAUUCUCUAUAAUGUUCGUAAGAAUCAUAAUCGUCACCAUUGUCGUUGUCAUUAAAAGUUGCGGAGGCGUGCAAGGUUUUGCUAUAAGGUUUUACUGUAAAUUCUUAUAACUUAAAACAAAUUACGAUGAAUCAAUAUAAUAUUGUAAUCUUUCAUGAAAAAAA